AUGUCUUCUAUUAUUCAUAAUAAUUCGAAUAGUCCAAGAUCUGAUACAUCGAAAUAUAAUAUUCAUAUCGUUGUUGAUAAUUCCAAUCUUUUUAUUGGUGCUCAAGUAGGACAAGGUGAAGAUGGAAAACUAAACGCUGCUAUUCGUAUUAGUAUUGCAAAUCUAGUUAAUGUUAUUGAAGAAAAUAUAGAAGUAGAUAAUAUUAAAACAAGAAUUGUCGGUGGUAGUGUUCCAUCACGUAAUGCACGUGUUUGGGCUGAAUGGGAAAGAUGUGGAUAUGAAUGUUUACUUGGUGAAAGAAGUAUUAGUAAUAAAGAAGUAUUCGUAGAUGAUAUGCUACAUUCACAAAUUCAAAAUUUAAUUUUAAAAAACAAAUCUUCUGAAGAUUGCAAACAACAUUUGAUAUUAAUCACUGGAGACGGAGGGAAAAAUGGUAAACGGACGAAUUUUCCUAAUAUUAUAUCAUUAGCAUUAAAUAAUAAAUGGACUGUAGAUUUAUGGUCAUGGAAAGCAUCAUUAAGUCGUGAAUUUGCUAAUAUUCAAAAAAGACAUUCACCGAAUAUGAAAAUUAAUUAUCUUGAUACUUACAGAACAGAAAUAACUUUUCAAGAAAAACAAAAACAAGAACAACAAGAUCGAGAACAAGAACAACAGAAUCAACAAGAACAAGACCAACAAGAUCAAGAACAAGAUCAACAAGGUCAAGAACAAGAACAACAAAAUCAACAAGAACAAGAACAUGAACAACAAAAUCAGCAAGAACAAGAUCAAAAAAUCAAGAAAAAGAAAAAGAAAAACAAGAUCAAGAUCAACAAGAACGACAGCAACAAAAACAACAAAAUGAUUUAUAUAUAUAUAUUAUGGCUUAUUCUUCCUCUAUAUGGUUUGAAAUUAACACGAACUGAACGUCAUCAUUAUACACCUGGAACAUUAUUCAUGGUAUUCGGCUCAUGUGCAAAUAUAUUAUCUUUAACAACACAAUAUAUCCCAUACUUUCAUACGUUUACAGAAGCAUUAGCUACUGGAAGUUUUGUAUUUGAUAUGAUCCAACGAAAGUCAAAAAUUAAUGUUUCGGAUGACGAAGGUAAGAAACUAGAAACAAUCCAGGGUGAUAUCGAAUUUAAAGAUGCAACAUUUAGUUAUCCUACACGGCAAGAAUCUUAUAUUUUACAAAAUUUCUCAAUGAAAAUACCAUCUGGUAAAACGGUUGCUUUAGUUGGAGCAUCCGGUUGUAGCAAAAGUACUAUUAUUCAACUGAUACAACGUUUCUAUGAUACAGGCAAUGGUCAAAUAUUGUUUGAUGGACAUGAUAUAAAAACAUUCAAUGUACCUUGGCUUCGUUCACAUAUUGGAAUUGUUAGUCAAGAACCGGUUCUAUUUGAUGGAUCAAUUGAAGAGAAUAUUCGGCUAGGAAAAUUAGAUGCAACAGAUGAGGAAGUUAUUGCUGCAGCUAAAUUAGCUAAUGCACAUAAUUUCAUUAUGGAUUUUCCUGAGAAUUAUAAGAUAAUAUCAGGUGAUAAAUUAAGUGGUGGUGAAAAACAACGAGUUGUUAUUGCUCGUGCACUCAUUUCGAAUCCAAAAAUCUUGUUGUUAGACGAAGCAACCAGUGCAUUAGAUUAUACAAGUGAACGAAUUGUACAAGAUGCAUUAGAUAAUGCAAAACAAGGUCGAACAACAAUUGUUAUUGCACAUCGUCUAAGUACUAUUCGAAACGCAGACAUAAUUAUUGGAUUGAAUAACGGACAAAUAGUUGAGCAUGGAACACAUGAUGAACUAAUGGAAAACAAAGGACUUUAUUAUGGAUUAGUGAAUAAACAAGGUGUAGAUGGACAAUAUGAAUCGUCAUCUGAGACAGAUACAAAAGAAGAAGCUAAAAUAAAACAAUCAUACACUCGAAGAUUAUCCACUAUUCGUAAAAAGAUCAGAGAAUUGAGCGAUUCCAUAGAAGAGAAAGAAAUUGAUGAUACUGCAACAUCAUCGUUCGAUGAUUCUGCGGAGAAAAAACAAAAAAAAACAUCCCUUCUUUUUGGUGCUAUUCAACCAACGUUUGCAUAUUUAUAUUCGGGAAUUUAUGGUGCAUUUACUGAAUCAAAUGAGAAUAAACAGAAACGAUUAAUGAACAUGUUUACGCUUGGUAUUUUCUUUGCGGGUGUUGUUGGUGCACUUUGUCAAUUUAUUUUCAAUUUUGCAUUUGGAAAAUCUGGUGAAGAACUUACAGCACAAAUAAGUUAUUAUGAAAUGAAAGAAAAUUCUAUUAAUGUUCUAAGUACACGUCUGGCAUCAGACGCAGCAGCUAUUAAGGGAUCAACAGGAAUUCGUAUCGGUAUUCUUAUGCAAGGAUUCAGUGCAAAAAAUAUGUGUCGUUUACAUAUAAGAGCAUUGGGUGCAGCUGUUGCUAGUUCUGUGAUCUUCUUUAUCUUUGCUGUUACUUUUUCGUAUGGUAGUAUACUUGUUCAAAACGGGGAAAUGACUUUUCAAAAUGUAUUUAGUUAUCCUGAAUGCAGUAAUAAAAAUUGGCAAGCAACAGGGAAGAACGCAGCUUAUUCUAAAGCGAGACAUGCUCCAAUGCGAAUUCUAAAACUAAUCAAACGUACAUCACAAAUUGAUCCUUAUGAUGAUUCAGGCAUUAUUUUAGAUAAUAUCACAGGUCAAAUCGAAUAUCAAAAUGUCUAUUUUCGAUAUUCAUCAAGACGAGAUGUUCAGACACUUAAAAAUUUUUCAUUAACAUGUAUGAACAAUAGUUCUACAGCUCUUGUUGGACCAUCAGGAAGUGGAAAAUCAACAACUAUUGAUUUAUUACAACGAUUCUAUGAUCCAUUAGAAGGAAAAAUUCUUUUUGAUGGUUAUGAUAUUCGUACACUUAACAUUAAAUGGUUUCGUUCAUUAAUGGGUCUUGUUCAACAAGAACCAGUUCUAUUCAAUAUUUCAAUACUUGUCAUAGCUCGUGCCUUAAUUCGUUCUCCAAAUAUUCUUCUUUUUGAUGAAGCAACAUCAGCAUUAGAUAAUAAGAGUGAAUCAAAAAUUCAAGAAGUAUUAGAAAAUAUAAGUAUGAAUCGAACAAGUUUGACAAUUGCUCAUCGUUUAUCAACAAUUCAAAAUUCAGACAAAACUAUUGUUAUUGAUAAAGGUCAAAUGCAGGAAGAAGGUACACAUAAUGAAUUAUUGAUAUUAAAUGGAAUCUAUUCAAAGAUGAUUAAAUCUCAAACUAAAUCAACUUAG